AUGUACCAGGUUGCUGCUUUCUUGGCUGUGAUCGUGGGAACCCACACGGCCAGUUUGCACACCCAGAGUGACUGCAGUCACUGGCCCAGCUGCUGCCCCAGCAAAGAACAAGACUCCACUCCGGAGUUGCUGACGUGGAACACUGCCUCAUCUCUCCGAGAGCUUAAACAGCGCACACAAUCCUGCAGGGCCAGCAGUGAUGGGCCCCUCAACACCAGGGCCAUCUCUCCUUGGAGCUAUGAGUUGGACAGGGACUUGAACCGGGUGCCCCAGGACCUGUACCACGCGCGCUGCCUGUGUCCACACUGUGUCAGCCUGCAGACAGGCUCCCACAUGGACCAAAAGGGCAACUCAGUACCAAUCUACCACAACCAGACGGUCUUCUACCGGCGGCCAUGCCACGGACAGCAAGGUUGCCAUCAUGGCUACUGUCUGGAGCGUAAGCUCUACCGCGUCUCCUUAGCUUGUGUGUGUGUGCGGCCCCUUGUAAGCUCUUAGUCACGCUUGCCACCUACCUGAGGCUGAUGUCUUGCCGCAGCGGGCCAGGGUACCUGAGCACUCAAGCCCUCCAGAGCUCUACUGAAGCACCAGGGUCCUGGGACAAGAUGGAGAACUUGGGGAGAAACCCCCUACUUUUGCACUUUCAGAAAGAACUUUUGGGAAGGAGCAGCUUAGUUUCCGUUUGUGGCUGCUGGAAGAUGCUGUCAUGGCCUUCCCUCUCAGAAGACAUCUCCAAGGGGCCUGCUGACCCCGGAAGCCACACUACUGACUCCUCCUUCCCCCUGACUUUCCCUGCCCAGCACAGGCACUUUCUCCACAUUUCCCCCUUUGCCCUUCAUUUUGUUUGCUUGUGAAUACUGACUCUG